GAAGAGGUAACUGUACCCGAGGGAGAAGAAACCUACGAAGAAGACAUCAAUUUAGAUGCUCUCCAUGACAACGGUAUUACUGUGAACAUUCAAAGUCCCGGUGCAGAAAUGUGGUCAGUCCAACUAUCUAGCAUGGAACUUGUCCAGGAAAUUCAUCAAUUGCUAAUGGAUAGAGAAGACACAUGUCAUCGUACAUGUUUCACAUUGCAAUUAGACGGUGUUACUUUGGAUAAUUUUGCUGAAUUGAAAACCAUCGAAGGCUUAAAAAAUGGUUCGACCAUAAAAGUCGUAGAAGAACCCUACACAAUGCGGGAGGCAAGAAUUCAUGUUCGCCAUGUCCGAGAUUUGUUAAAAAGCAUGGAUCUAGCGGAUGCAUAUAAUGGUGUCGAAUGUAAUUCACUGACAUUCUUACACUCCAUUACUCAGGGUGACUUGUUGGAAAAGAAGAAAUCUCGACCAGAUUCUGUUGAUUGCACACCACCAGAGUACAUUAUGCCAGGUGUGAAGGAAGCGCCUUUACAACCCCUGCAGCCUGGAGUAAAUAAGAACUCCAAGGGACCGCAAGCUUUGAAGGUUCUCACAACAUCGGCAUGGAAUCCACCACCUGGUCCACGCAAGCUCCACGGUGACCUUAUGUAUUUGUAUGUCGUUACAAUGGAAGAUAAGCGUUUCCAUAUUUCCGCCUGUCCUAAGGGUUUCUAUAUCAACCAAUCAACUGAUGAUGUAUUUAAUCCAAAACCAGACAAUCCCAGCCAUUUAAGUCACUCCCUAAUCGAUUUGCUAUCGCAAAUAUCACCAUCUUUCAAACGUGCCUUCCAACAAAUGCAGAAGAAGCGUACAUUACGCCAUGCAUUUGAAAGGGUAGCUACACCCUACCAAGUCUACCAAUGGACAGCACCUCAAUUGGAGCACACAAUUGACGCAAUACGUGCCGAAGAUGCCUUCUCUUCAAAAUUGGGAUAUGAAGAACAUAUCCCUGGCCAAACUAGAGAUUGGAACGAAGAACUGCAGACCACAAGGGAGUUGCCCAGAAAGACAUUGCCAGAACGACUAUUGCGGGAACGCGCUAUAUUUAAAGUUCAUGGCGAUUUUGUUAUUGCGGCCACGAGAGGAGCAAUGGCUGUAAUUGAUGGCAAUGUUCUAGCCAUUAACCCAGGGGAAGACCCUAAGAUGCAGAUGUUUAUUUGGAAUAACAUAUUCUUUUCAUUGGGUUUCGAUGUCCGCGACCACUACAAAGAGUUGGGUGGUGAUGUUGCUGCUUUCGUAGCACCCCGCAAUGAUUUGCAUGGUGUUCGUGUUUACAGUGCCGUCGAUGUUGAGGGUUUGUACACAUUGGGCACUGUGGUGGUGGACUAUCGCGGCUACCGAGUAACUGCCCAGUCUAUUAUUCCUGGUAUUUUGGAAAGAGACCAAGAGCAGUCUGUAGUGUAUGGAAGCAUUGAUUUUGGCAAGACCGUUCUCUCCCAUCCCAAAUAUUUAGAGCUACUCCGCAAGGCUGGAAAGCACUUGAAAAUCUUGCCACAUUCUGUUCUAAAUGAAAGGGACGAACCCGUCGAAUUGUGUUCUUCAGUCGAAUGCAAGGGUAUAAUAGGAAAUGAUGGUCGCCAUUAUAUUUUGGAUUUGUUGCGAACUUUCCCACCAGAUGUAAACUUCCUAAAAUUAGACAUUGAAUUGUGUCCCGAACUAAAGGCCAUGGGUUUCCCCAUUGAGCACAAGCACAAAUUGUCUUGUUUGCGCCAGGAAUUGUUAGAAGCAUUUAUUGAAGAUCGUUAUGUUAGUUUUAUAAGAAAUGCUGCUCAACACUUGCAGCAAUUGAAUGCAACUAAGAAAUCUCAGGAAGAAGAAGCUAAAGCCACCGCCGCCAUCACAGAAAAGGGAGAAGAAACCAAAGAUGAAAAACCAACAGACAACGAACAAAAGAAGGUCGAAAGUGAAGAGAAGGUGGAUAGCACCGAGGCUAUUGAAAAUGCCUACGACGCUAUUAAGGAAGCCCAAUCCAGUGUGGCAACUGCUGAUGAAACUCAAGCAGCCGAAGUGGUUAAACGCGCUUGCGCCGCUGUUGGCUCUCUCAAGGAGAAGGAAUUCGAUUUCCGUUUCAAUCCAGAUGUCUUCUCUCCAGGCAUUCGCCACGUUGACGACAAAGAGGGCAACUCGUUGGCUAAACAAAAGAAGUUGGUACAAGAAGCCGCCGAAUUUUUGGUGUUGAAACAGAUUCCUGCCUUUAUUAAAGAACACAUGAGCCAUACUUCGCCUCCCAUGGACGGCACUAGUGUUACCGAGGCCCUUCAUAGUCAUGGUAUCAAUGUACGUUACUUGGGCAAAGUGAUCACAAUGCUGGCCGAAGUGCCACGCAUGGAAUAUUUGCACCGCAUUUCUGUCAUGGAGUUGAUAAUUCGCGCUACCAAACACAUAUACUACGCAUACAUGCAAAAUACAGAUGCUAUGCAUCUAUCGGCUGCAAUCAGUCACUUUUUAAAUUGCUUCCUCUCGUCUGGACCUGCGAAUCCCAACACCGCUGCCGAAGAAUUGAAUAAGAACAGUAACAACGGCACCAAUACUAAGCGCGGCAAGAACAAGAACAAAACAUCUGGCAAAAAUAACCAAAAGAAUGGUCAAGCCACAAACAAUGACAGCAACGAUUGGGCCCUUAUGACACCAAAGACUUUGUGGCAACAAAUCAAAAAGGAGGCGAAAUCCUAUUGGGACUUUGACAUUGGCUGUGAUUCGAUAGAAACUGCCAUAGAGAAAUACUCGCUGCAAAGAGUGAGCAUACUUCGUGCCUUCUGCCUGAAGGUGGGCAUUCAAAUAUUGCUUCGUGAAUACAAUUUUGAGUCACGUAACAAAUCGACAUUCACCGAAGAGGAUAUUCUCAAUGUGUUCCCCAUUGUGAAGCACAUCAAUCCUCGGGCUUCCGAUGCUUAUAAUUUCUAUAUGUCGGGCCAAUCAAAGAUCCAACAAGGUCUAUUCAAAGAAGGCUAUGAGUUGAUAAGCGAAGCAUUGAAUUUGCUGAACAACGUAUUCGGCGCAAUGCAUUCCGAGAAUCGUUCGUGUCUUCGUAUGUUGGCCCGCCUUAGCUAUUUGUUGGGUGACGCCCAAGAAGCUCUGGCCAUUCAACAGAGGGCGGUCAUUAUGAGUGAACGUGUAAAUGGCAUCGAUAAUCCAUGUACCAUCUUAGAAUAUACACAUUUGUCCCUCUACUGCUUUGCAAAUGGUCAAGUGAGCACUUCCUUGAAGUUGCUGUACCGUGCCAGAUAUUUGUUGGUAUUGAUAUGUGGUGAAGAUCACCCCGAAGUCGCCCUUAUCGAUAGUAAUAUAAGUUUGAUUUUGCACGCUGUCGGUCAAUAUGAACUAUCUUUACGUUUUAUUGAACAUGCUUUGAAACUUAAUUUGAAAUAUUAUGGAAACAAAUCAAUGCAUGUCGCUGUUAGUUACCAUCUGGUAGCCAGGACUCAGUCAUGCAUGGGUGAUUUCCGCUCAGCCUUAAAUAACGAAAAGGAAACCUAUGCCAUAUACAAGUCACAACUGGGAGAAACACACGAAAAGACCCGUGAGUCUGCCGAAUGCCUCAGACUUUUAACGCAACAAGCUGUGCUUUUGCAACGUAAAAUGAAUGACAUAUAUUCGAACGGUAAACUCACAACAGGACUGCCUCCAAUCCAUAUUCAACCACCCACAAUGGGAUCUGUGUUGGACAUGCUCAAUACCAUAAAUGGUGUUUUAUUUGUGCAAAUUAGCCAAAAGGAUAUCGCACAAGUGAAAAAUGAAAUUGAAAAGCAUUUGAAGACCACCAAUGAAGUAAAUGAAACCACUGAGGCGCUUAAGAAGUUGACCGUCAAUGCUGGAACUGAUGCUGCUGAUGCCCAACAAACACUAACAAAUGGCAACGAAGCAACUAGCACUGAUGCGGGUGAGAAGGCCGCAUCUAGUUGA